AUGGCAGUUCUCAAGUCACUGGUGCAUCUCAGUUCCAAAGCUGCAGCUGCAGCACUACUCCUGUUGUUGGCUGUAGCCGCAGUGCAGACCCAGACGGCAAAGGCUCAGAGCUGCGCAAAUGUGCUCACCAACCUGAAUGUGUGCGCACCCUUUGUGGUGCCUGGUGCUACUGAGACCAAUCCUAGUUCUGAGUGUUGUGGUGCACUCCAAUCUGUGCAGCAUGACUGCCUCUGCAGCACUCUCACAAUUGCUUCUCGACUCCCUUCUCAAUGCAAUCUCCCUCCUCUCAAUUGUGGUAACUGA